CACUUCUCUCGUCUCUACUCCCACAACGAACCCCCACAAGGUAGGCAAAACGCGUCCACUCCACCUUCCCUUGCACACAACCCACUCCCUGCUCACUUGUUGAGCUUUGUCAUUAAGGCGGGGCACCCCAGAGCAUUUUUAUUUCCUUUCCGUGUCUACGUGGGUGUGCUUUAUAAAUGCAUAGAGUAUGGCAGCUAGUAUCAGUGCCAUUUCGUGUGUGUCGGUUUGAAGAAGAUUUGCUGCAGCACAACGGCAGCCAGGCGCAGUGCGACGGGUCCUACCACUGACCUACAUGUGGAUUCCUCACGCUGUGGAGGAUGAAGCAUUAGGCAUGUCGCACAUCAUUUAAUGUGUGCGGGCGAGCAGCAUCCUAUAUUUGCACAAUUUCCUACACUGUUGUUCUUCUUUCCGUUUCCACAUCAUGUUCUUGUGUGCUCCUUGAGCGCCAAGAUGGAGAUACGGAUGUUUGAAACCGGAUGGGUAGCUCGCUGUCCUUUUCUAUGUAGUUUGUUUUUCUUGUUUCUCUCUGUUCUGCUGGUUCUCAGUUCCCCAAGGCAAAACAAGAGGGAUGGGUUGUGGAAGUUGGCAUGUCUUCACAAGCUGUGUGAUGUUGACAAGUUGCGUCUGCAGAGCUAACAAAUUCUUUCCUCUUUUGCAUGUUCUCUCUCUUUAUGGUUGCAAACACAACACCGCGAGCACGAUGCGCACCGGACGUGCUCAGGGCGAUCGAGCAGGGUGAUCGAGCAGAGCAGGGCGA